AGAGAGAGCAAGAGAGAGAGGGAGGGAGGGAGACUUCAAACCACAAUAAUGGAGUCACUGAAGUCGAUCGCUCGACAGGAGCCUGUACGCUUAUGACACGCUCAAAACACAUACGACGGACAAGCAUAAAAAACAUCACUGGCUUCCCAUUGACAAAUUGGAAAUAUCUCUAAACUGAUGUGUAAACUGCGGCUCAGAUUGCUAUUUGCGAAUGGGGGACACAGCUCUCAAAUAGGGCAGCACAACGGCACGUCUCGGUAUUCUUUUGGAUGAAAGGUAAAACACUAAAUAGACAAAGCUAAUUAUAGAAAGGGACGUGGAAAAGAUGUAUUUGUUCGUUUGUUAGCUACCUGAUAUAUCUUUGUUGACUAACGUUUUGCAAAGCUAGUCCGUUAUCAUCUGUAGUGGCAAAUUAGCGUGUGUUUUUACGCAUCGACGUGAUAUCAAUAUCCGACCACAUAUUUUCCAUUCGUAUUUCAGUGGGUAUUAAAUUACUGAAGCUGAUAGACAGAUAGUUAUACAGUACACACUUUAUGGAGAAUAUAUUUAGUCUAGUGGUAGUAGUAAUAGCAAUAAUAGUGGCACCAACAUCUAACAAUUUGCUAUUUAAUGCAUUGAUUUCUAAAUCAUCACUUGAAGACAGAAAGCCAUUUAAAGUACACAAAGGAGAACCUGACAAGAAAAAAUAGGAAAAUACGGGCGAGUCUGUGUAGGACUACUCGGAAAACAGAAAAUGCUGCCUUCGCAAGAAGCGUCUAAGAUCUACCAUGAGAAUUACAUGAGGAAUUCCAGAACAAUCGGGCUUUUAUGGGCGAUAUUUACAAUAUGCUUAGCUAUCAUCAACGUGAUCGUCUUCUCUCAACCCUUCUGGAUUGGCGACAGCUUGAGCACGCCACAAGCAGGCCACUUCGGCUUAUUUCAUUACUGUAUUGGGCCCGGCGCCCCGAGCAAGGAGAUGACCUGUCAGGGCAGUAUCUCGGACUUCAGCGCCAUCCCCUCCACCGCCUUCAAAGCGGCGUCUUUCUUCGUGCUGCUGUCCAUGGUUCUCAUCCUCAGCUGCAUCGCCUGCAUGGCGCUCUUCUUCUUCUGCAAUAUCGCCACUGUCUACAAGACGUGUGCGUGGAUGCAGCUUCUCUGUGCCGUGUGCUUGGUGUUUGGCUGCAUCAUCUUCCCUGACGGCUGGGACGCUGAGGUGGUGAGAGACUUGUGUGGGGAGGAGACGGGGAAGUACACCCUGGGGAGAUGCUCCAUGCGCUGGGCCUACAUCCUGGCUAUCAUUGGCAUUCUGGACGCCCUCAUCCUCUCUUUCCUGGCCUUCGUAUUAGGAAACCGACAGAGCGACUCCUUCUUUGAGGAAGUCAGAACUGAAAACAAAGACAUGGCUGUGUCCAGGAUUGAGGUACAGGAGAGAAGAAAUCCUCGGUAUACUGGGCAGAGGUUCUGAAGGGUUCCCCAGAGGCAAACACUUCCAUGUCCUCCUAGUGAUCCACCUAAAAUCCAACAUGUGGCUUAAUGGGGAGGCUAUAUGUACCACAAUCUGUUUGUACAUUGAAUUUGCUAUAUUUUUUAAAGGAUGUCAGUCUUGCGCAUUGUAAAUGUCAUCAAGUUUGAAACUGAUUGGAUAACUGUAUGUACUGUAUAUAUUUAUGGAGUAUGACUACUCACUGAAACUUUGUAAACUCAAGACCUCUGGGAAAGUAUAUUCAUCCCUAAUUAAUGUUUCCAUGCUUCCAAACUGUGACAAGCACUGAUUGCAUUCUAAUGUCUCUCAAGUUCUCAACACAUCUUUAUGUUGUGCAUAUUGAACAAAAAACAUUUUCUACAUGUAGACUACUUUUUGUAUCUCUUUUGAAAUGUCAGAUUCCACCAUUGGAUGAGAUUCUGAGGAACUUUUGACAAGAACUGUCCUUUUCAUUGAGUGUUGUUUAACUGCCUGCUGGCUUUCAGAUGUGAGUUGAGGACUGUUUGACAUUGCAUGUGCUGUAUUAUUCAUCGUAUAGCCUAACUUCAAGCCAUAUGGCGUCAGGCUAAGUUUAGUUUCAUUGUCAUUUCUUUUGCCAAAUGUCCUUCAAAUGAAAGUCCUUUGCAAGGACAUUUCAAACCAGUUGCCAAAUGGCUUGUAAUUAUUUGAUCUGACUGGAGGAGUUGAAUUCACCAUACCUUAUAACACCUAUACCUCACUAAGGAGGUUUUGUCCUGAGCCAAGGAAGGUGUCCGAGCAGUGGCUGAAUUAAAUAUCUGCCCACAGGAAGUUAGUCACCAAGGGCCAAGUGUGUCAGUCUGGAGACAAUUUGUGGAAACUGUGCUAUUGAAUGCUUUUGAGAAUCAAUGGGGAAAACACUGACUUUUCCCCUGAAACCCGUUCAUACAAAUUGCCUUUGCUGUUUACUUUCAAAUCUGCACCGUUUCUUCGAACACCACCUUCACAAGGUGUCAGGUUUGUUAAGGAUGCUCCACACUUAUCGAUCCUUCCUACAUUUAAAUCUAACUGCUACAUUGUUGUCUCCGGAUGUAUAUUGUCAUAUAUGUCUAAUAUAUGUCUCUUGAUAUUCAGAUGUACUGUACAUUGUAAUAUACUUCUGAAUAUUGCAUAUCCAGUAUUGUAAUAUACAUCUGGCUUCACAUCACUACUUCUAAGCAUAUCUGUAAAAGUCUGGAAUGAAUCACCAUUUUAACAUCAUCAUCACACAGAACUCAUCAAGCAGAACAGUUCGGUUUUCUGUUUCGCCCAAGAGCAGCCAGAUUCUCUCGGAUUGGAUGGCAUCGGAAGUGAGAAGUCACAAUGGAGGUCAUCCGAAACCUAGCAUCAAACAGAUGAGGUAUAGCAACAGUAGAUAUAGCAAGCAUACAAAGAUUAAAACGCCUAAUUGUGUGGCUCUGUCCAAUUUUAUAUUAGCCAGAUGAGGUGAUCUGCUGUGUUACUAGUCUGGUGAUGUGGUCUGAAACGAGGCACGCCCUGUAUGCUGCAUUUUAACUCAGGCUUUGGGGACUGACCUUUGUAGCAUUCAGCUGAGAGUCCAGAGCAACUGGCCCCUCACUGAAUGACCUUUGAGGUAGCUGUGACCUUCUGUCCCAGAGACCCACUCACACUGUGCUUGGUUGAUGCACUGUGGGCCUCGUCCUCCAUCUCAGGCAGGUGAUGUCUCAUCUGGGUUGCGGAAACAACAUCACAAAAAGUGUGAGGUUUAUUUAGGUCUUCUGUCUAGUUAGGAGUUAUUAUGUACGGUUAACAUCAGAGUGUGUUCAAAAUCAGUACUCUGAAUUUUUCAUUGGCUUUCGAAGGAAUCAUUUAAUCAUCCUAUUUUAGUAUUUCCCUUAUUAUUUGGUUUUAUAUUCAUAUGUAGUGUAAAAAAACUAAUGUUUUAAAAGAAAAAUGGCUACCAUACACCACUCACCAUACCUUAUAUGUGUGUGUUACCAUUAACAUUCAUUUUGUUGGUGUAUGAUUGUAUUGUGAUGAAUUAAAGUUUACAAACAAGUAGAAUUAGACAAUUUUUUAGAAGUAUUAAAGAAGUUUGGUUCAAAAAUAGUUUGGAUGUUGUGAUGAAUAUCACUCUCUUUCCAAACGUCAUGGUUUUACUAAAUUAAUUGUCAACACACUCAAAGUGCCCGGUGUUGAACGGAUGCGUUACCAAGACGAUGACACCCUCUCAUUUAGCCAAAUAUGUUACAUAUCAGUAUGGCCGUGAAUUUUUUUUAAAGCAACACUGAAAGGAAGUAAAGCUUGCUUUGUUUAUGAAAUUUGAACAGUUCUUUACAGUUAUGGUAUAGAUUUUGUAUAAUAAUAGAUUUUGUAAUUAAGUAUAUUUCAGGAUCAACUGCUGCACUAAACUCCACAAUGUAACCCAGUUUGAUCUAAGAGGUUAUCAUCUUCAAGCUAUUUGACUUCUUUGGUCGUUUACAAAAUUGUCUCAGUGUAAGCCCCCAAGUUUUCCAGUGUAUGCUGUUCAGUUGUGUGUAUAAUGUGAUUGAUUUCACUCACCUCUGCAGAUGUUUGUUUAUUUCUAUCUAUAUUGCUUGUGCAGUUAGACCCUAGAAUAACAGCCCCCGGACACCCGCCAGAGAACUAAGCAGGUUAAGCAGCACAACAAAAGCAGGACUAGGUGAAUAUGUCGUCCCAGUACGUUUGACAAAUAAAGCCAUUUCUUCCAUAACAAAAUGGAUAUAUUAUACAUAAAUAUUGGGAUUGUCUUGCAGGACUGGGACCAAUUUUUGUUUUAACUAAGUCAAUUCAACAUAACUCCAUUAACUAAUUUGAUAGCUCUAUGUCCACUUCAGUACUUGAACAUUUAAUAUCCCUUCCUGUGAUGCCUUUGGAUGAAUGCAUUGAUACAUUUUGUUCCGUUUCUUGAAUUGGUUAAAGUAAAUUCAUACCUAAACCUGGCACUGUUCUCUUAGAACAUUUAUAAUUAAUAUGUGGGUGAUUCCUGUGUGUAAAAUGAUGUACUGUAACUUGAAAAUGAAAUGCUUUGAAAACCUACAAAGUGCCAGAUGGACACAUGAACACCUUUCUUGGAAGCGUCAGUGUAACUGGUGCCUCAGGAACAUUAGCAUGGGUGACUGGGAAUCACCUGAAGGCCUAAUCAAGUUUGCAACGCUGCUUUAAGUAGUGCCAUGAUCCUCAGCUGUGUGUGGCAUCUGAAUGGAUGAACACUCUUUCUGUGGAGGUGGUAGUCAUUUACGCAGUUAAAGACAGAAAGCUUUCCUGCUCGCUGCUUCCUGAGCCAUGUUGCCACCAUCUAUGGCCUAUUUCCAUCAAAGACAUUGCUCCAAUUUGAACUUUUAUAAACUCAACAUGGAAGGGGAUUCAAAUAAGGAAUAGAGAAGCAAAACAAGACAAAACAUGGAUCAUACUCAAAUUAGAUAUCAGACAUAGUGGACAAUGAGUACACAACAGUUGUGUAGCCUGACUUGUAUAGGUUGUCAUCGGCGACAAUAUCUUAUAGGGUACAACUGUGUAUAAUACACAAUGGGUUCCUGUAACAUAUCCCACCUGUCUUACUCUUUUGUAUGUAUCCUUUUCUGUGGAUUGUGCCCUUUUUUGCCUAGUUCCUGGUAUUUCUAAUGGAUGGACGUUAUUGAUGUCUACAAUUUUGACAUGGGAAUUAUUUCAGUCAGUUAUGUAACAUCAGUAUAACUGAUAAGGACAUAUUUUCUACAGCAUUAUUUUAAAGAAAUAUUAUGAACUAAGUAUUCAUUAAUGAAAAUGUUUUAUUAUUCAUUGGAAUAACAGCACAUUCAUUCACAGUCAAAAAUGGCACAAACAUGCACUGAUGAAAUAAAACAUACUGAAAUACUUAUCCCUGUUUAGAUGUAUUCAGAUGUAUGGUUCAGUUUUCAUUUGUAAUAUUUAUUUCUCACAAAUAUAACAUAAACAAAAUGACAAUGCCAA